AUGGCUGAAAUUACUUCUCCUAACAAUACUUCCAUUACUGGACUUGUUGAUCCUUCUGCCACUGGUAUUCCAAGUGGUGUUUCUGCUGCUAUGAUGCAACCUACCAUGACAAUGUACACUAUUAUCUUUGAUGUUUAUUGCUCUUAUAAAGAAGCAAAACAAAUAUGGGAGUCCAUAAUUGCCAAAUAUACUGCUGAGGAUAUCGGCAAACGGAAAUUUAUUAUUGGAAAAUUUUACAAAUGGGAGAUGGUGAAUGAUAAAGAUAUAAAGGCACAAAUCAAUGAAUACCACAAAUUGAUUGAGGACCUGAAAUCAGAAAAUAUACCACUUCAAGAGGAGCUUGUUGCUGGUUUGCUAAUUGAAAAAUUACCGACUUCAUGGAGCGACUACAGGCAGCAACUCAAGCAUAAACAUAAGCAGUUGUCCCUUUCUGAGCUUAUCACUCAUAUCAUCAUAGAAGAUACAAACAAGAAAGAGAUCAAGAAAACUAAAGGAAAAAAGAUCGCUGCCAACGCCAACUUAAUCCAAGACAAGCCACACUACCGAAACAAAAGUGCUGCAUAUAGAUUUCUUGUGCUCAAAAGUGAUAUUUUGGAUUGUAACACUAUUAUUGAAACUAAAAAUGUUGAGUUUUUUGAAAAUAUUUUUCUUCUAAGAAAUAAAGUUGUUUCUAAUGCAUCUGUUAGUGAAAAUAUAAAUGAAAGUGAAGUUGAUUUUUUAACUUUUUCAGACGCAGUUUCUUCUUCUAAUGCAUUAUUUUGGAAAGAAGCUAUUAAAGUUGAAAUUGAUUCUAUUUUACAAAAUAAUACUUGGAACUUGUUGAUCUACCACAUGGAGCAAAACUAA